AACCUGGCGUCUGGACGCGGUUGUUUAUAAGGACGUCUGCGUGUCCUCAGACACCAGAUUGGCUGUGCCAGAGCAGGAAUCAGAACAUGAGAGUGUUUGUGGUGUUGAGCUGCCUGCUGGUGUUGGCCUGCGAGGCCCAGAAACCUCACCCGUGCAGGACUCCUCCUCUAAUGACUGGAGACUUCACCGUGUCCACCCAGAAUGAGAAGCUGCAGGAGUUCGCCAAAUACAUAUAUGACGGACUGGGACAGCGCAUCCGCCUGCUACAGAUGGGCACCUAUGAUAACAAGACGUUCACCUACGAUGUUCUCCUGCUCUUCAAACAGGGUGUCAUGUUUGAGAUAGAUGAUAAAGCGCAAACCUGCCAAAAGAAGCCUUUGCAGGGCAGCUUUGUUCCCUGGCAGAUCCCCCAAAAUGCAAGUUUUGUGGCUCAGUCCGUCUUGGGCACCUCAUCCCAACCUGGAGCCGGACUCCUGAUCAACAGCUGGUAUGGAACAGACUCCAAGUCUGGUGUUAAGUACUUCAGUACCGUUACUGAAUACGCGUGCGUUCCCGUCUCUUCUGCCAUUCACAUUGACAAAUUUGGAUGGAUAUUGAUAACCUUCUUCAACAACGUCAUUGGGAUCACUGACCCUCAGAAGCUCAACCCUCCGGCGUUUUGCCCGAAAUCCAACACGCACUUGAAGGAGGAGCCCGUAGACCUGAUCACCUUGUUGAUGAACAAGCGCUGAGCGCCUCCUGUCAACUGCUUUGGGACUCCAAAAAAGUGGAGCUUCUGAAUAAUGUUGGUGUGGGAUUCCUGUGAUGCAAUUCUGCUUUCAGUUUAUGGUUCAA